GGCUACUAUAUAUAUGAUGUGCCAUUCGUAACAUGAAAAUCUCUCAAGGUUUAAGUGUUUUUUUUCUAUAUUGUGGCAUGGUGAUGAUUUCUCUCACCCAAACUGACAAAAAUGUAGAUGUGAGCAUGGAGCUGAAAUUGAGUGUGUGAGUGUGUGUGUGUGUGUGUGUGUGUGUGUGUGUGUGAAAGAAGUGUAAGAAUUGCUGCAGUGGGACUGAAUUUAACUCUGCAGUCCCUACUAAGACAAAAUGUAAUAUUAAAAUUCAAUUGAUGGCAAAAUGGCUCAGCGGGAACUUGACUGGAUCCUAUAUUGGGAAGUAAAAUUAUUUGUAUGUUAAACAUUGGUAGUGUUGUAGGAUACAGAGUGCAACAGGUCACCAAGAGCCAUAAAGAACUUGUUCAGAUGUGUGGGAGUAUUAGUAGACCAUGUGCCACCAUUUUAAUCAUGGUAAUGUAGAUCUGUUUCAAGCAAGGGUAGACAAUACAAUGCUUAAAAUACUGAUAACUGCCAAAAGCCCUGUAGAAUUUGAAUGUUUUAUAAUAAAAUUUUGUAAUAACUUUUAACCAUCCAAGGCCCAACUCUGGUUGCAAUGAGUGACAGAGACUCAAAAUAAGGGACAUCAAACAAUGAUUUAUGCAGGAGCCUUAAAAUGUGUGACUUCUUCCUUCUCUCUAAAGAACUCUGUCUAUAAUCUAAUUUUCGUGAUUUUGAAUUUGUUGUUAAAUAAUUUUCUGCAGUACGAGGGGACACCACAUUUUAGGAUGAAGAUAGGCACAAGCACAAACCUUGGAAAAUAAUAUUGUCGUUAUUUCUUAUAUCUCGUGAUUUUGAAGGCUUGGAGUUGGUGAAACGUCCUGGAUCAUUUCGGAGUUGAAACAUACGGCACGGAAGAGCUAGGGCCGUCGGCAGUUAGAGUUGCCUGUAGAGAUCAGCAUUCACCAAUAUUGGCAAUAGCCUGAGGCCACCAUCCUGCCCAUGCCUCCACCGCUGUGCACCGGUCCUCAGCUAAGCACGUGUCGGUUUGGAGAGCAUCAUGGAGCUUUGUAGCGUUGUGCUCCCGGCGCAUCCAGCUCCCGGGCCCGGCCAGUGUCCGCCCGCGCUCACUCUGGCUCCGCCAGGACGUGAGCCCGCGUUUACACCGCAUGGAGGCAGAACCGAUUCGCUCCCGGCUGCUUCGUCCCCCCCCUCGCCAGCAAACCAGCCCCGCGGCUUGUCCUGCGCGCGGAGCGGGGGGGCUGCUCCGCCAGGGCAGAGCGCGAGAGGCGGGGACACGGCCGGCCGAGCUGCCAUCAAAGCAGGGGCGCCCGCCCACUGUGCUGGGCAAGUCCCCCGUCUCCGCUCCGACCGCCGCGGCGGCAGCAGCUGCUCCCGGGCUCCCUGCGCGGAGUUGGGCUGCCCGCCCGCCGGCCCAGGGCAGAGGGGGGAGCGGCCCGCAGCGCUUGGAGUGGGGCAGCCGCAGCGGAGCCGGGAGAUGCCAGCGGCGCGGAGCAGGAACCGUAUCAGAAGAAAUACAGACAAGCAAACAUAAACGUGUCAGUGAUAGUUAAAAGAGAAAAAAAACAGGCAUGGAGAAUUCUAUGGCUUAGGUUAGGACAAUCAACAAAUAUUUACAAUACAGAGCAAGCUUUCCUUUGCCUGAUCUAUAAACAUGUCCAUGGAUCUGCUAUGGUGUGAGGACUGUGGCAAAAGCCUUAUAGGAGAAUGCAAACUUCAUGGACCCCUCAUCAGGGUUAAAGAUAGGGUUAUUCCCAGUCAAGCCCACCUUACCCUACCUCACUACCUCACCUUGCGAGUGCUGGAGCUGCGACCUGGGAACCAACAAAUCCUUGGAGUGUUUGCUAAGAAAGUUAUACAGAAGAGAACUCAAUUUGGUCCUUUUGUUGGGAAACUGUCUACAAAACUUACUCACUAUGAUGACAACAGGCUAGUUCUACAGGUAUUGAAAGAUGAGAGAAAGUACUUUCUGGAUGCUCCCAGUGAAGACUGUGGCAAUUGGAUGAUGUUUGUCCGACUGGCCCGGAACCAGGAAGAACAGACCCUUGUAGCCUAUCAGUAUGGUGGAGAAGUCUAUUUCACAACUGUUAAGCCAAUUGAACCCCACACAGAAUUAAAAGUGUGGUAUGCUGCAGAUUACGCCAAGUUCAUGGAAGCUUCUCCAGUUGUCAAAGAAGAAUCAGAUAUUUGUGCUUUAUCACCAGUUUUAACUAGAGAGUGUGCCAACGCCUGGAUAUGCUCCAAUUGUAGUAACGUUUUUGGGACUUUUGCUCUGCUGGAAUCUCACCACUGCAUCAGUAAAGACAAAGCACUUCUCCGCAGCUUCAGACCAGCAAAUAAACUAGGGCCUCUAAAAGCAAAGGGCAAAAUCAAAGGCAAACAGAGAGAAACUGGUUUGGACAAAAGCAAUGCCCCGUACUAUAAGGCCAUUUCCUGCUCCCCUAGUGCAAAACCUACCUAUGCCAGCUCAGGAAGUGUUUGUGGUUCCAUUGUGACUUUUGUGCCUACAUGGAGAAAUGGUCAGUCUUCACUACUGACGGAAAGAGAAGUGGAGCAGCCCGAUAGUUAUCAUUGCCAACUCUGUGGGAAGAUAUUUGUUUCCACUGAAAAGCUCAAGGUGCAUUCUUAUGGCCAUACAGGAGAGCGUCCCUACAGGUGUUCUCAGCAGGGAUGCACAAAAGCUUUCAUUUCCAAAUAUAAGCUGAUAAGGCACAUGGCCAUCCACUCUCCACAGAAAUCUCAUCACUGUGGUUACUGUGAAAAAACCUUCCACAGAAAAGACCAUCUGAAAAAUCAUCUUCGGACUCAUGACCCCAACAAGAUGGCCUUCAAGUGUGAAGAGUGUGGCAAGAAAUAUAACACCAAGCUGGGUUACAAACGGCACCUGGCUCUUCAUGCAGCCACCAGUGGGGACCUUACCUGUAAGGUGUGCUUCCAAGCGUUUGGAGACACUGAAGUGUUGUUGGAACACCUCAGAACUCAUGCAGGGAAGCCAGGCAGUAGCACCAAGGAAAAGAAAUAUAAGUGUGAUCAUUGUGAACGCUAUUUCUACACCCGCAAAGAUGUGCAGCGUCACAUGGUGGUUCACACGGGCUGCAAGGACUUCUUGUGUCAGUUUUGUGCCCAGAGAUUCGGACGCAAGGACCACUUGACUCGCCACAUGAAGAAAACUCAUCCACAGGAGCUGCUGAAGGGCACGUUGCAGAAUGGCGACUUGCAGAAUCUGUCUGACCGUCUCUCUCCAUUCAGAGUGAAGGAAGAUGCCAGUAUCCUCUCUUUUCCUGAGAGGGCUUCUAUGCAGUAUGGGCUUCUGAACACUUUAGAAGCAGAAGAGUACAGCAGCCCACAUACACACUGUCAACAAAGCCUACAAUCUACUCCUCCCCUUGAACCUUCUCAUUUGCUCAGGAUGAGCUGUGUAGAUAGUCUCUCAACCAACUAUUGUAAGCCAUCUCCACCAUUAAUUCCUUCCAACCAGAAUCUUAAACAGCACCACAGAUAUGGACAGAAUACUCUGUCAUGUACACUGGCAUCCCUUAAAAACCUACCCCUCAAAAGGAAUGUUAAAGCUCAUAAUGUGAAUUUGCUUGAGGACCUGCCUUUACCAGCACCUCACAAAAUCAAUCUGGAAGAAGCUUCUUCAGGGUCUACAGGUGAUGCUGGCAAAUACAUGAUGCACAAGGAGCCUGUGACAACAGUCGAGUCUGUUAGCAUGACAGAUAAUCUUACUCAUAUACUGGGUUUCUGGCAGUUCCCUCAGAAUGACAACCAGAAUAAUGGAGGGGACAUCACAAUGGCAUUCAGUCAGGAAGAAGCCUCACUCAAGCUGAACUGCCUCAGCCAACAGCAAGGCACACAGCUAGCUCUGGACGGAGUGGCCCUAAACCAGCUUCAUCAUGUUCCCCAUUUUUCUUCCAGUACAAAUUCUGUUGCAUUGCCUCAUUUUCACCAUGCAUUCAGAUGACUAUCACUUCUUUUAGGGCUUCUUUUCAUACCCUCAUUUAAAGAGAAAAUCCCCAGACCAUCUAAGACUUAAAAAAAAACCAAACCCCAUAUUGUAAGCAUAUUAGAAUAUCCAGGAAGUAACAGAAUUAAUAGUUUUAUUUUACAUAAUAUUUACUAGUUUAAUAGCAUAUGACAC